AAGCGUUUAAAUUACACAGACGUCUGACAGAGGCAUGCACAAAACAUGAGAGAAGAUGACAGAUUUUAAGGAAGAACAGAACAACGAAAUAGAGGCAUUAGAAUCUAUAUAUCCUGACGAAAUUACUGUGCUGUCAAACGAACCUCAUCAUGUAUUUACUGUGGACAUUAAGUCUCAAGAAAUAGAUGAUCCUUAUGACACUGAAGAAGAACCAGAGCCAGCAGCACUUUGCCAGCUGCAGUUUACCUAUGUGGAAAACUACCCAGAGGAGGCCCCGGUGUUUGAAAUUACAGAAUAUGACAACUUGGAGGAUGAUCAGAUUGAAACUCUAAACAAAUUAAUAACAGAAAGUAUUGAGGAAUCUCUAGGCAUGGUGAUGAUAUUUACAAUAGUGUCGGCCGUACAGGAAAAACUCACCGAGAUUAUAGAGGACUCCCGGAAGAAGCGGAUAGAGGAUGCCGAAAAAGCAAAAAAAAUAUUGGAAGAACAGGAGAUGAAAAAAUUUGAGGGGACGCGAGUUACAAUAGAAACCUUCUUGGCAUGGAAAGCUAAAUUCGACGCAGAGAUGACCGAAAAGAAAAAAAUGAAAAGUCACAAUGUUGUAGGUCCUAAGGGACUCACAGGAAAAGAACUCUUCUUCACCGAUGACUCCAUGAAUGAUUCUGACGUGAAAUUUCUUCAAUCAGAGGAAGAUACAGUAGAAGUGGAUGAAUCCUUGUUUCAAGAUAUGGAUGACCUUGACCUUGAUGACAAUGACCUUGACCUCGAAGAUACAGCUGUUGAUUAAUGAUAUAUAUUUUUGUUUAAUAAAUUUAAGUAUGUGAAUAUA